AUGACAACGAAAAAUAAGAAAAAAGGCAAAACAAUACCGUUGACUGAUUUUCUAGCUGCGGAAUCAAAAUUGGUUACUAUUCGGCCAACAAAUUGGUCAGAAAUUGUUGACAAUGAAGAAGCUGAAGUCAAGCCAAUGGUAAUUGACAUUGGCAAUUUACCAACAGCUCCUCGUAGUGCUCUUGAUGUUGAUUAUAGCACUGUACCAAACACUCCCCCUUUCAUGGCACAUGUUACUAAUUUAUCAUUCGAAGUUGAUGACCAAGGUCUAAGAAACAUAUUUGCUGAUUUAACUCCAAAGUCAGCACGAGUAAUUCGGGAUGGUAUGCGUAGUAAAGGUGUUGGUUUAGUUGAAUUUGAAACACGUGAAAACUUAAUUGAAGCAUUGAAAAGAACCGAUAAAGAAUUCUAUGGACGUAGAAUACAUAUUAAUGUUUCGGAUAAAACCCACUCACAUACAGAUGGUGGGCGAGGAGGAUUCGGUCAUAAUCGGUCAAAUCGUACCGGAGGUGAAGAACGACCAGAAAUGUCUGAUAGGUGGAAAAGAGCUGAACCUCGAUCUGAUGAUAUGUCUGAUGAUCGUCCAAGUGGUGGAUUUAAUCGUGAUAAUAGACAAAAUCGUGGUGAUCAUGGACGAUCUAAUAUGGGUGGUUCACGGGAUAAUCAGCAUGGUAAUGAUUUUGGAUUUGGCUAUCCACGUACAAGAGAUGACCGAGGACCAGGUGGUAGUGGUGGUGGUGGUGGUGGUGGUAGUCGUGAUUACAAUCGACAAGGACCACGUAAUAAUCGUUAUCCAGACGAUGGCAAUCGACCAAGUAGUGGAACCGAUAGACCUCGUUAUGCAGGUCGAUACAGUGACACACGUGAUGCUCGUGAUGGCAAUCGACCAAGUGACGAACCACAAGUCGAUCAACGGGAGCCACCACGCGAGCGUCAACGGCUUCUACUUCAACCACGUACAAAACCAGCUGAAGAAAAUCAACCAUUAUCUGAUGCAUCACCAUCUAUGAAUAAUGCUGCUCAAUCAUCAGUAUUUAAUCCAGACGAACCCUCAUCAUCAAUAACAAAUAAAAUUAAUCAACAAGAUUCAUCGAGAGACGAGCAUCCAGAUGUAAAUGAACAUCAAGAACCACGAUCCCCAAACGAUAAUCCAACUGAUGAACAAUCGACGUUUAAACCAUCGCGUGGCGCUGGUGCUUCUAUUUUUGGUGGAGCUAAACCGGUGGAUACAACUGCGAGAGAACUUGAAAUUGAAAGAAAAAUCAAAGAACAACAAAUGACUUCUGGUGAAACACCAGUUGAUACUGAAGAUAAAGGAGCUUCAACUAGGCCAUCAUAUAGUCGUGUCGGUGAUCGAGAUCUUUACCGUGCUAAACGUACAUCACAAAAUGACGAUGGUCGAUCAGGUCAUGGUGGAGAUUAUCAUCAUAAACGAGAAUUUAGUGGUGGUCGGCAAUACGAAGACGAAGGUCGAAGACGUAGUGAUGAUCAUGCGCGUCGUGGAGGUGGUGGUGGUAGCAGCGGCGGCGGUCAUGAUCGAGAACGUUACGGUGGUCCAUCUAGACGUGAUCAUGAUUCUGGGCGUAAAGGUAAAUAUAAUCAUCACAAUCAUUCAGAACGAGAUAAUGAUCGUGGUACUUAUCGUAAUCGUGACGAUCGUACUCAGGAGUCAAAUGAAUUCAAUAAUCCUGGACGACCAUCAAAUAAUAAUUUUAAUUCAGAAGCACAACCUCGAACUCAACAGCGAGGAACAGCUACACGGCGGACAAUUCAAACUAACGAUGAUUCGCAUAGACUUCAAUUGUCGAAUAAAUUUGUUAUGCUGGAUGUUGAAGAUCAUGACGAUAAUAAUGAAAAUGAUGAUGUUCAAAGUCCAAUUAUUGAUGAAUAA